GCGCGUGUGCCGAUGCUCCGGUAGUGUGGUCAAAGAAUGGAGACUGGUUUAGAGGUCAAAGUUGAGCUCGUGCACCUUCGAGGAAAUUUGUGAGGAGAGAGACAAAAUAUCUGAAGGAAAAUGCGACAUUUGAAGGAAUGUAGACGGUUAAUUUCUAUAAUUAGCAGACAUAUGUCAACAAAAGAGAAAAUAUUGACCACUGCAGCAGUCAGCCAGAAACAAAAUGAAUUGUUUGACCAAGAGAAGCGUCGUCAACUGGACAUGGUCAAGAGAAUUGAGAAGAUUACCGUCCAUCAUGUCGGUCAGUCUCAUAAUUGCAAAUUAGCCAUGAACAAGAAUCUCUCUACACCGUACCAUGUGGCAAUGCAUUUCAAUGAGACGUAUACAAAGCGUUCUGCAAUAGCGUUGGUGAAUGGAAAGCCGUGGCAUAUGCUCCAACCAUUGACAGAGGACUGUGAAUUGAGACUAGUCAAUAUGAAGGAUGAUGACCCCAAAGAGGCUAAUGAGGCUUUCUGGCGAUCGUGUUCCUUCAUGGCAGGCGCCAUCCUUCUCAAUGCCUUCAAAACAGAUGUCUAUAUCCAGCCUGUGAGGGCAGCAGAUAUUCCAGUUUCUCAAGGGUGCUUUGCCUAUGAUGUAAAUCUACCUUUUCCAUGGGACCCAUCCCAAGAAGAGCUUACCAGUCUCAGCAGGCUAGCAUAUGAGUUAGCAGAGAAGAAAGAACCCUUUGAAAGGUUAGAGGUCAGACCGAGCAUCGCCAUGGAUAUCUUCCAAGACAAUGAGUAUAAGGUUGCUGAGCUGAACUCCAUGACUGCAGACCGGAUAGUCCUCUUUCGUCUAGGCCAGUUCAUCGAUGUUAGUCCAGGACCAUUGGUUACCAAUUCAGGCUUCAUGGUUCCACACAGAUACUCUUUCACAUGCGUUCAUCACAUAGAGGAUCAUCUCAAGCCAGGAAACAAGCUUACCAGAUUCCAGGGUGUUGCUCUUCCGAGUGAUUUCCCGUGCCACUAUCAUACAUGGAAUUUGAUUCAAGGAAGAGCAGAGACUCCAGUCACAACGGAUGCAUCAUCACCUCUGAUAGACUCAUGACAGCAUAAGCGUAUCAGACAUAUGCAGCAACAGUAAAGUUACAGUCGCACCAACAAAACCAACACCAAACUGACCAAUGGUAUGCAAUUCAUAAUUAAAAAGAAUUAUUUGGUCGGUCUGAAGUUAGCUUUGCUUUAAUCUGGUAUACGGAUGGAGUAAACAAUGUGUGUUGACUUUUAAAAGGAUCAACCAAGUCAUCACUUUCAAAGACUAUUCUGCACUUCAUCAGACAUGUACAUUUACAUGUACAGGCGUCAAGGUAGAGCCAUAAUUCCUAAGAUAUCAGUCAGCACUUUCAAAGAAUAUUCUGUACUUCAACAGACAUGUACAUUUACAAUGACAUCCAGGUAGAGCCAUAAUUGAAAGUAAAAAGUCAGCGAGCGACGCGGUCAAAAAAUUUUGCACGGCGGAUUUAUCGCGAAAAAUGUUGAGGGGGGGGGCUGAAUCAGCCCCCUCCCCAGUCUUUUUAGGGUUAAACACCUCCAUAUACUUUGUACAUGCGACACUGACCGAGACCGAGGUCAAGGAUGGGAAAAUGUGGCCUCGACUUCAUUCCUGGUGCUUAUUCUCUGGAGUAUCAAUCGCACUAUACUGAGAAGGCAUGUGAAAAAGUAAGCUUUUACGAAACAGAAAGGACUUUCUCGGCUUAGGUUUGGUACAAGGAUACUCUAUGCUACAUGUCAUGAUUUAUUGCCCAAUCAUUUAAUCUCACGCUAUGAGAGAUCAAACGGACAGCUGAUUAUAUAGAACAGCAGUUACAAGGAUUGCUACCAGACUGUGUUUGCCAGUGUUGCAUAAUUGGUGCCAAUAGGUGUAGAAGGGAGAGAAGUCCAUGGUUCAGGUAUUAGACUAACCACUCGUAGCACAAAGGAUAGCGAUUGAUCAUGCCCUAUAUUUUUCAAGAAUAAUUGCACAUUGUGGUCAUUGGUAAAGAAAUUUUUUAUGAUUGCUAAGUCUUGUGUUAUACAGGCUGGAAAAAGUUAGGAAGACACAAACGUAAACUGUAUUUUCUCUUAGAAACGGAAUUCGGGGUAAGGUAAUCCGGAUCAUUUACAGGUCAUUUUCUGGUAAUGAAAAAUUCCAAGUAAUUCCACUAACCCAAAAAUUACAAUUACACAACAAAUAAACGUUGCAAAUUCUAAUACUCAUGUUAUAUUUAAAGAAUUGUUUACCUUGAUACAUAGCUCGCAUUUUGUAAUUUUGGUCCUUUUUCUAAAGAGGACAAAAAUGUUAAAUUCCUUGAUUUUGGUCACUUGGACCAAAUUUAGGAUCGCUGUAUUAUUGCCUGAUUUUUGUUAAAAAUCAAAUUUGAAAACUCCAGGAAAUGUCUAUGAAUUUCGAGAAAACUUGGGAUUCAGUUUCAGGAAAUUUGUUCUGGAACUGUGGAAACAUGGUUCCUAUGUUUGAAGUAAUUUUCCUUUAAUGAGUGCAUGUUAUCAAAUAAACAUGCAUGAUGAAAUGUA